AUGUCGUCGUUACAUUACGUGUAUCUUUUCAUUGGACUUAUUGCUGCUAGCUUAAGCAGUGUUAGGGCUUUACCAGAAGAAGAGAUCGAGGCAAUAGAAAGUGCGAUGUAUCAUUUUGUGAUAGAUUGCGGUAAAGAAUUUGGCGUGGAUGAGGAAGAAUUUAAAAAGGCAAAGGAAUCCGGCAAUACUGACUCGCUUGACCCCUGCUUACUUGCUUGCUUUGCGAAGAAAAUUGGAUUUAUCAACGACGAAGGAAUGUUCGACACAGAAAAGGCUACGGAAAGGACCAAGCAGUUUAUCGUAAAUGAAAAAGCGCAAAAGAAAGUUAUGGAAGUAGUUGAGAAAUGCAGUUCAGUAAAUGAGCAGUCGGUUGGCGACGAUAAGGGUUGUGAAAGAGCUGUACUACUGGCUGAAUGCUUUAAACCUUUGAAAGAUCAGCUUGCCGCCCUUUAA